AUGUCCAGCGACGUGUUAAUUGAUUAUGGAACCACCAUACAGUCUCCGGUCUCAAAUGCUAGCGAUGAUUCCGAUGUUGUCAAUACCGAGACCGCGAGGGUCUACUUCGGACCUCUCCAAUCACCAGAGAAGAAAUUUGCAUCCGUCCGAAUGCGCACACCAUUACGCAGAUCUACCAGGCUGUCAUCAGUUAUUCCUAGGCAGGGAAGCCGGAGAGAUAGUACUCCUCAAGAAUCUUCUCGGCUUAACAUAGACGAUGCUGGAUUUGGUUCAUCAAGGACCACGCCUCUCGCUGAGCAUGCGUUCCUUCCCGACGAGCCAUCAUUUGUUCUGGCUAGCAAGGUUCUCUGCGCUUAUGAUAAUCCGUCACCUCCUCCAAGCCCUCCUCCCGAAGAGCAUCCUGAUCCAUCUUCCUUGACUAAUGCACCGCUUUCUCAUAUCGAGGAGUCGGACUGCCUUCCUCCUUAUGGGUUUCCGGCGGAACCCCUUGAAUCGUCCGCGAACUUAGAUGCAAAUAACUCCCUGCCCGAUUUGAUCAACUUUGAUUCCUUUUCGACACCCUCCAUGACUUCCCUUAUCCAUGUACCAAGCCAAAGUCCACGUAUCAUUUCAUCUCCAGUACGGAACCUUGCGGUCGAUACCGUUGAUGACUUGCUAUCUAUUUCUCCUCAACCUAGCCAUGUAUUGCCUGGGGACUUUAUUGAGCCUCCUGUUCUUUCCGCAGAUGAUCUGACUCCUUCAGUGGAUGAAGAAGAGCGAGUACUGCAGGAGCUAGUUCGCGAAGAACUUAUAGUCGAUUGCAGUUCCGGGCCAGAGAGCGCAGAACUCGAACCGCAGACAUGUCGCAGAUCGGCUCAUCUCCAAAGAAGCACCAGCCCCUUCGGACCAAAUACAUUUGUCAAUGAUGAUGUGGACCGACUCGAUUUCCCGACAAAUUCGUUACAAAGGGUCAGAUCCAGAGAUGACCCGGCUUCCACUGACCGAGAGGUAAAGAAGAGUAGUGAAGACCGAGCUCCUAGUGAUGAUUUAGUUCAUGAGGACGCAAAUUUUAUCCAGAUUUCAAGUCGUGCCGCCAGCGUGGAACAAGAGGGUAGGAGAGUGCAGUCCUACAAGACUCGCCGGGAGCUAGGUUCGCUGUCACCUGCGUCAGCGCAGCUACUUAUGCACUUAAUCCCAACAACGUCAGACUCCCGGAAACAUUCCUUCGAUGGCUGCAAUGAACAGGAACGUCCAAAUUCAACGUCCAUGGAUAGGAAUAUUAACACCACUAUGCAGGGGGAAGCUAUCCAUUCCGCUUUCGUAACGCCAUCAUCACCAACGAGACCUGCGGACUCCAUUCGUUCCCCGGCUCGUCGCAUACCCAUUGCACAAGCCAUAGCGGAGGGUACAUUUUCGCCAAAUAAAUCUCUGAAGGCAGCCAAAGCAGGAAUGUCGACCGACACCGUUGGUACUAGUUUCGGGAUUGGGCCUUUAGGUUCCCCUGUCUUCAGAAAAUCUGCGUUGGAUGACCCACAAAGGAGUCCUGCCAAACGAGUUCCCGUCGCCGUGGCCCGAAGCGUAGGUUCCGUUCACUCAUUCGACAAGGGAAAGUCUCCCGUUCGCCCAAACGCUCUCCGUGCGACAAGGGAGGGAGAACGAAAUCUUACUCGAGAUCUUCAAUAUCCCGCGUCGAGACGAGGGCGUAGUGGCUCUGCUGAACCGUCGACUCCUUCAGAUUCGCUUUUGUCUGCGAGCACAGUAGGCAAAUUUUUCCCGCAACCAUCCUCUUCCAACGUGAACUUGGGAUCAGGAAGCGGACCACCUAGUACUACUGUUGGAAUUGACAAUCCGCACGCGGCACUUCGAUUCCGUAAAAGCACAACACCAAAUCGAUUCCUGUCAUCUGUACCUGAGCUAGAGGGGGGAGAACAAAACCGACAAUCAUCUCCCACACACAUUCACCCGGUAUCCACUUUCAGGCCAGCAGGAACCGACCAGAAUCCGAAACAGACGUUAGCUGGUUCGAAUAGCAAGAUUCCACGAAUAGGUGUAAAGGCUCAAGGGAUGCCCGAUGUUGCACCAAGGGAAUCAAAGCCAAUGUUCGCACGACGCGCCAUAGGUACAGCCCCUAGUGCUAUAACUCGUCCUUUUAGGUCUAUCAAACUAGGCGACCACAACUCAGAUGAAAAUACACCAAAGUCUGACAGUUCGACUACGGCUGGAAGUACUGUUAAUCAUCUCGGUGUGGUGCCACUUAACGCAGAUGAUUCGGAAGUCAAGUCCUUGAAACGGAAGCGAGACAUGGAGCCCUCCCAGACAUCAACCACAAGUGCUCAUCCGGCUAUUGUCGCUGGCAGAGUGGUGAAAGGUAGCCAGCCCCUCCAGGCAGCAGUGGAAUCAACGCUGGGAGACUCAUAUCAUAAGACAUCAGGUCAAAAAAAGGCCCCAGGUCUCGUUAUGAUGCGCCGGGUAGCGGACUGGAAGAGACCUCCAUCUCAAUCAUCAAAGCCAUCCGUGAGAGAUGUCAUGGGUGUUUCGCCUGCGAGUACUGAGCAACCAGAGGCACCGGUUGUCUCAAACCCAUCUGAGAGAGAGGAUGAUAUGCCCAUGUCACCUCCAAUCACUCGUAUUUCGGAGUCUUCUGAGGAGUCGCGGCCCGCGAGUUCAUCUCCCACUAGGUCAUCAGCCCACAUCGAUGCCCAGUCGGAUGGUGCACGUCGCUCUACUCGUUCUCGUCGACAGACUCCUGAAGCAAUCGCCGAUAUUUUCGGGACAACGGCUGCAACUCGGCCUCCCAAGACACGCCGCAAACUCAUCCUACACACUGAUUCUAGCAUAUUUUCUGGAAUGACGGCCUUGGCUUUGAAGGCGCUUACAUCAUCUAAUACUACCAAGAAUCAACACCAUGUCGUGGAGAUCAAGAGAGAAGUGAUUCGCAAGGAGGGAAAAAGACCAGACAGUCCUACUACAAAGGUGCGGACGGCUCUUGAGCGACAACGAGAACUGAAGGCCCAGCAACGGAAGGAGCGCGCUGAUAGAAGAGCCAGACGGACAUCUGGGGCUGACGGUGAAGAAGAGAAUGAGAUCGAUGCUUCCAAUGAUAUGAUGGAUGCAGCCAUGGACAGUAUUGAUGUGAGCAUCGCUCUCCGCCACCGUCGAGGUCCUGGAGAUGAGGAGGAUUAUGAGACACCGCCUCGCCCAGACCGGCCUACAAAGCGGGGAAGGUUGAACGACAACAGCGAGGCAGGACAUGGUAAAAGGGUGAAAUGGGACAAGGGACUUUCAAGCACUGUGUAUCUGGACGACAAUCCUCCUAAACCCAGGAAACCACCUAAGGAAGACGUCGCUAGAAGAGGGUGUCUCGCUCCAACAGCUAAGUCUCAGCGCCUCGAUACGCUCGGAAACGUGCUCAACGCAGAGAUCCCAUUAAAUGAUCUCGUGCACGAAGACGUUAUUGUAAAGAAGUUCGUCUACGAUGACGAUGUCGAAGAAGGGUCCGCAGCCGCUGAAGCGGCUUCACAGAUGCCUGUUCUCAGGUCCUCGAAGAAUCAAGGUAGGAGGGUGAAGCCAGCGAAGACCUAA